ACAUGGAAGCUCCCCCCCCCCCUCCCUCCUCUCUCUCUGGUUCUGUGUGUGUAGGCAGGCAUUAAGUGAUGCGAUGAUGGAACAGAAAGAAGCGAUCAGCAACACCACUCUUUCGCAUAACACCAUCAACGGAAAAAUCUUCCCUGAUUACUGCGACGGGAUUUUCGCCGAUGAUCUUGCUUUCCUCUUCAGGAACCAGGAAAGCCCAAAGGGUGUUCUGGUGAUUCAGGAUAUUUUCAAUGACUUCUUAAGUUGUAGUGAACAACCUGCAGUAACCUUUUCGUGGUCGCAAAACCUCAAACCCGGACAAUCCAGUGUCUCAGCGGGAAUUGAUUCCCAGUCAUCAAUUUGUGUUGGCAGUCCGAUCUCAACUACGGAGCCUAAAGACAAAGCUAAUGUAACUACCAGUGGAUCCUCAAGGGAACAAUCAGAUGAUGAAGACAGAGAAAUCGAAGCAGGGCCUUGUGAACAGAGUACGGACCCAACUGAUUUGAAGCGAAUUCGACGGAUGGUCUCAAACAGAGAGUCUGCAAGGAGAUCAAGAAGAAGAAAACAAGCCCAUGUGGCCGAUCUUGAAUUUCAGGUUGAGCAACUGACAGGCGAAAAUUCAUCUUUAUACAAGCACCUUACAGGUGCCACGCACCAGUAUCGUGAGGCUGACACUGAUAAUCGAGUGCUUAAAUCUAGUGUAGAAGCUUUGAGAGCAAAGGUGAAGUUAGCAGAAGACAUGGUUGCCAGAGGGUGUAGUUUGAAUCAACUUCUGCAAAAUCAUUUAAAUCCCUCUAACCUACUUAGUUCUCAGAGUCUAUGUCGCCUGGCGAAUGUCUCACCCACAAUCACUGUCCAUGGAGAUGGUGCUUCUUAUGGCGGAGAGACGGUUUCAGGGCAGAAUUCACCUCUUGGACUCGCGAAUGCUGAUAUCAAUAACAAUUGCAAUUUCAAGAGCAGAGUAGUCAUGAGUGAUUCUGGAAGCUGCGUAUCUGACAUUUGGCCUUGAGAAUCUGGUUGUCUCUAGCUAGCUAGCUGUUAAUGUCCUGCAUUGUCUUGGCAUGUCUCAUGAUGGUAAUCGGAUUCAAUAUAAUGCCAUCAUUUUAGUCUGAUAUUACAGUAUUUUAGUGAAGUAUGAGGACUUCAUUGGUUUGUUGUUCCACACAUAUCAAUGUUGGCCUGUUGAAUUUGCCAUCGAAUCAAACUCUCUUCAGGAUUUGUUUGUGAUCACAGUUCGAGAGAUAUGGAUUGAUGGUCUGUUCUGAGGGG